AUUUCGUUCGGCUUUAUUCAAUUUAUGUUGAAAUUCCGUUCGAGCUACAAGUUUGCAUUUCUAUUUUAAUCUUGCGUUCAUUCAGUGUGUCAAUAAUUGUUGAUAAGAUGCAAUCUCUAAAAAAACUUUUGAACAUUGGAAAUUUGUACAUUUUUUUCUAUAUUUAUGGCACCUUUAAACACUCAAAACUUAUUGGCCAAUUGCAUUGGAUUAUAUUGCUACCAUUAUCCUUAAUAUGCACCAUUUUCUUGUGCUUAAUGCUGAUUAUUUUAGCGAUUUACUACGAAAUUAUCAAUUUCGUGUUGAGGUUAAAGCACGGGGAUGAUUAUUGUGGGAUUAUGGAUGGAUCGGAUGUAAUUUGGGUCGUUGAAGAAGAGACUUCUUCGUUAAUCAAAACGCUCAUCAUGGUCGAUGCCAAAGAUGGGGAAGACUGUGAACCGCUUUUUGAAUUCAUAAAAAGCUCCUACGAGAAAAUCGCUAAAUCGCAUAAGAAGAUGAGCUGGGUUCGAAAAUAUUUCAUGGGUUACGGGUAUUUUCUCAAAACGCACAUCAACAUCCAUGAGCAUGUGAGGUAUUUGGAGGACUACAAGGAUGUGGAAGGAUUAAACUUGCUGAUGGAUAAGUUGAGUGACUCCCCUUUACCAGCUGGGAAUACGGCUCUGUGGGAAGUGUAUGUUGGAAGGGUUCCUUUAAAGUGGGAUAAGAAUGGAGGUAAAGUUCAGUAUCCAAUUUUCACCAAGUAUCAUCACAGUCUUGGCGACGGAAUGUCAUUAAUGACUUUGAUAACAACACAGUUAAUUGAUAAUGGGGUUAAUAUCAUGAAAGAAAGCUGCGAAACUUACAGUAACGUUCUUAAAAAGUCGGCUUUGAAAAAAUCUCAGCCUACUUUCCUGGAGAAUGUAAAGAAAUUGCUUAAUAAAAGUUACUAUAUUACAUAUUUCGGUCUGCUGGAUGACAAGGAUGAAAACAUGCUGCAUCAAAAACGUUUAAGCAACGAAAAGCACAUAUGCUACUCCUUGGAAAAAGAGUCGACGAAUUACGUGGAGAAAGUAAAAUCUAUCAAGAAUCGGUUUAAGGGCAUCUCUUUUAAUGAUGUAAUUAUGUCAGCGUUUUCCGCUAGUUGUGCCGAGUAUUACAUGUGUCACGACAAGAAUCCUCCAGAAAAUAUUCGUUUCGUAUUACCGUAUUAUAUAGCUUCGACCGACUUCAAUAGCAUAGUGACUACUGGUACUAAUGGGGAAAUCGUUGCAAACUUGAAGAACAACUUUGCAUUGGGUUUCCUCAACAUCCCUAUCAAAGACAAGGAUAUCGCCAGGAAUAUGGUGGACAGGUUGAUGUGCAUCAAUAAGAAUUCGACAAUUUCUAAGGACAGUUUAGAUUUUCCGUUCGUAUAUUGGCAAAUCAAUGUCUUCUCGACUAUUGUUCCGUUAUUGGUAAUAAAGGAAAUAGUCAAAUCGAAUCACAACACGGUAGUUCUCACCAAUUUUCCAGGAAUACAUAGUGUUAAUCUCAUCAGUGGCCACAGGGUUAGAGACUCCUUAGUCUGGGGUCCAAACGUUUCGAUAUGCGGUAUCACCUGCUCAAUAUAUACGUACGACGGACUGUUUCGUUUCGGAUUAGUUGUGGAUAAAAAGACCAUAAAGAAGAGAUCGGAGGUUCAGGCAAUUUGCGACAACAUUUUCAAAUACAUCGAUCUGUUAGAUACGACGACCAGUGCGGUUCAUGAUGAAAAUUAAUUUUAUGCACAGACAACUGGGAUUAGGAAAUUUAUUAUAACAUGGGCCAUCAACUUCAUUUUCGUUCCAGCAGCUUUUAUGAUCGUCAACAGCGAGUAUCACACAGCGAGUUUCCCUUGGGUCUACAUCAGAGGUUCCCAAACUUUUUUGUGUUGUGGACCACUUGCCAUGUUUUUCGGUGUUGGGUAG